GUGUCUGUGUGGACGGUAAGAUAGCAGACAUGUUUGUGAAGUUCUUACUGGCAAUAUAUGUGGCCGGAACCUUCGGUCAUACGGUUGGAAACCAGCUUUACCACGACUAUCCAACGCUACAUUUUCCGGACAGUAACCAUGAUAACUCGAUGCCGUCUGAAUGGCAUGACUUCGUAUCCAUCGUUUGCCGCAAGAUUGAAGGUAUGGAGCGUUUGCUAGCCGAGAAGGAUGAACGUAUUGAUCAAAUGGAGUUGAACAUGGCUAGUCAGAUGACGGAGAUAAAGAAACUUAAACUGGGGAUGACGUCUUUGGAACAAGCAAGCACCUUGAAGGAUAAACUCGUUGACAAACUAUCAAAGAGGAUAUUAGAUUUAGAGAAUAUAGUUACUGAUUCCAAAUCACGAAAACAUUUUACAUCUCCUCAUUUAAGAAAUGAAAAAAACUCGGCUCAUUUUGAAUUGGAACACACUCUCGACUCUACACCUGGAUCGAGUAUUGUGAAGAUAGCUACUCCAGAACAAACUUCUAAGACCUCUAUGAAUCAAAAUACUAGUGUCAUUCCGAAUCAAGCUGACGAGGACGACACUUCUGAGAAAUACCAGAAAGAAUCAAGGGAUCUAUCUAUAUCAAACUUCUCGAGGUUUAAACCAAAACGUGUCGCCCCAAAUAUCAGGAUUACAACAGCUUUCCACGCAGUCAUGUCUAGUAGCAAAGCGGUAACUCCGAAUGAAGCAUUGGUAUUUGACCAGGAAACGCUUGAUCAAGGGGAAGGAUAUAACCCUGGGACCGGACUUUAUACUGUCCCGGAGUCCGGAACUUAUGUCCUUACGUGGACCAUUGUUUGUAAUCCACAUAAUGCAAUUCAAACUGUUCUUGUUGUGAAUGGAGCUAUAAGGGGGUCGUCCUGGACAGAUUCACAAGAAAUCAAUGAUUAUCAUCAAACUUCGGCUCUUGUUGUCCUGACACUGAACGAGGGAGAUCAUAUCUAUAUCCGUAUGGGGCAUACGUAUGGGAAAGGAACAGUCGUGAGCUCCGGUACCCUAGGAAGACCAACAUUCUCAGGCUGGAAACUUGGGUGAGAGAUACAGAGUCUAAAUAUCUACUGAAUGAAUAUAUGCUUUGGUAUUGAUACUUCUUACAUGUAUAGCUAAUAAAGGAUAUUAAAUCUA